AUGGUGGGUACAGGUGGCCCAGUGGCCUCCUUCUCUGUGUGGGACUAUGUGGUGUUCGCUGGCACCGUUCUGGGCGCAGCGGCCAUUGGCCUGUUCCAGGCCUUCAGGGGCCGGAAGGAGACCAGCAGUGCCGAGUUCUUGCUCGGGGGCCGCCAGAUGACAGCGGUCCCCGUGGCCAUGUCCCUAACGGCCAGCUUCAUGUCGGGGAUCACAGUGAUCGGCACCCCGGCCGAGGCUUACCGCUACGGCACCCCCUUCUGGCUCUUCUCCAUCUCUUACUCCAUCAUGUCGGCCAUCACAGCAGAGAUCUUCGUUCCCCUCUUCUAUCGCCUGGGGAUCACCAGCACAUAUGAGUACUUGGAGAUGCGUUUCAACAAAGCCAUUCGGGUGGUGGGAACGAGCAUGUACAUCAUCCAGACAGCACUGUACACAGGGAUGGUUAUCUAUGCUCCUGCACUUGCCCUCAAUCAGAUCACAGGACUGGACCUGUGGGGAGUGCUGGUGGCAACAGGAGCUGUUUGCAUUCUCUACUGCACACUGGGUGGCCUGAAGGCAGUGAUCUGGACAGACGUGUUCCAGAUGGUGAUCAUGCUGGCAGGUUUCGUGGCAGUCAUUGCACAGGGUGCUGUGCUCCAGGGCGGGCUGACUAAGAUCUGGGACGACGCCCGGCAAGGAGGACGGCUCAACACCUUUGACUUUGAUCCAGACCCCUUGAAGCGCCACACCUUCUGGACCAUUGUGGUGGGCGGGAGCUUGAUGUGGGUGUCAAUCUACUCCAUCAACCAAUCGCAGGUGCAGCGUUACAUCUCCUGCAAAACCAUGACCCACGCAAAGAUGUCUCUGUAUGUGAACAUGGUGGGGCUGUGGGCCACUGUUAGUCUGGCUAUGUUCUCCGGCCUCGCCAUGUACUCCAUUUACAAAAACUGUGACCCACUCACCAAUAGCGAUGUGGAGGCCCCUGAUCAGAUGCUACCCUAUCUUGUGAUGGCCAUUCUGGCAGAGUUUCCUGGAGUCCCUGGGUUGUUUGUGGCAGCUGCCUACAGUGGAACAUUAAGCACGGUGUCCUCCAGCAUCAACGCCCUGGUGGCUGUCACCGUGGAGGACUUUAUCAAGCCCAAGUGGUCCAACCUCAGUGAGAAACAGGUGUCCUGGAUCAACAUGGGCCUCAGUGUCUUCUUUGGUGCACUCUGUAUCGCAAUGGCAGCCGUAGCCUCCUUGAUGGGCAGCAUUCUACAGGCAGCCCUAUCCAUAUUUGGAAUGAUCAGUGGGCCGCUGCUCGGGCUCUACCUGCUUGGCAUGUUCUUGCGCAGUGCAAACUCAACUGGUGGGCUGGUGGGGCUGAUUACAGGGCUGAUAGUGACACUGUGGGUGGGGAUUGGUGCCCAGGUGUACCCGCCCCUCCCGGAUAAGACGCUUCCCCUCAACGUAAGCGUCGCCGGCUGCCUCUACAACAACUCUCACUCUCAGGACUCCAACUUCACCACCAUGGCGCCGUGGAGCAGCGCAGUGACGCUGACACCUCUGCCACCUGAUGACAGGCCAGAGAUUGCAGACAACUGGUACUCCCUGUCCUAUCUGUACUUCUGUCCCCUGGGCAGUCUGGUGACGAUUAUUAUCGGCAUGGCGGUCAGUGCUGCCACAGGUGGCUGCAAGCAGAGGAAAGUCCGACCUGAGCUGUUUGUCAGAAAGAGAGAUUUAUUCUGCUUCAGCUGCUGCACAGACUCGCCUCAGACUCAGGAGCCGGCGAUGACGGAGAAGUCGGGCAAAGUCAACUUAGCAUUCGUAGAAACAGAGCCGCACUUCAAGGAGAAGGAGGUGGAAAAGAUCACCCAGCUCUGA